UCGAUAACCUUGACAUCUAUAUGGACCAGUAACCUUAACUUGUUGAAUCUGAAUAUUAUUCUAAUAACGAAACUCGGAGAUACACAUUUUUCAUAAUAUCGUGGCGUUGGAAAAUAAAGCUGAAAGAGAAAUAUUUCUAUAUCUAUAGAGAUACUACCAUUUGGGAAUUAUAUAGACCAAAAGGCCUGCGUCCUGAAAAUCAAGAUUAUUUUUGAGAAAUUUCUUUCAGAUCCUGAUCGAUCAUGGCUCACCUUUCUCUUUUACUGCUGAUGACAGUCAUUUUUGGUAGCUCUUUUAUAUCAAUCUCAGGACAACAUGUUCAGUUGAGUCUUGGUGUAGAGACAGAGCAAUAUACUGUACCAUGCAAUGAAUAUCAAUAUUUCCGUGUUGAUGCUACUGAACCAUGCAAAGACUUAAGAAUACAGGUGAACCACGCUGAAGGGGAACCUGACCUAUACGUAUCUCGGGGACCAGAUAGAUUCCCAACAUUUAGAAGUUUGGCUUGGUCUUCUUAUGAAUGGGGUUCUGAGAGUCUAAUCAUCUCUAGUUGGGAUCCAGAGUAUGUGAUAGGGACAUAUUACAUCGGGGUUCUUGCAUAUUGUGGUUCAGACGUCGAUACAGGCAAUAUCCCUGCCAAGUUUACCCUGCUAGCAGAGCAUAUAACAUCAAGCCAUCCUCAUGAUGAAGUAUCAUAUAAUGGUCAAAUCACAGACAACAUAGAAGCUCAAAACUACAAGUACUAUCGCUUCUGUGUACCUUCAACCUGUUCCAAUAUCGUUGUGGGAUUGGAAAACUGUAUUGAUCCUCCGACAUGUCCAACAAGCUAUUCCUAUCCAGAGCUCAUCGUUUCUCGCUCAAUUCAAAGACCAACCAUCAACAGUCAUGCUUGGAAAUUAGCCUCCAUUGACGUCCGCAGUGUUACCUUGAAUCAUGAUGACCCUGACUUCUAUCCUGGUCAUUAUUUUGUAGGUGUAUAUGGAUGGUGUACUCCUGAUAAUCUUUGUGGUGAUAUGUCAACUUGUGGACCAUGUUCAUAUGCAAAUAACACUGAAUUUCGUCUGUCAUUGACAGUAACCAAUGUUACAGAGAAUUGCACUCCAAAGGAACCUCUAGAGCUUUGUAGUACAGGUGGAACCAAAAUCAUGAUGUCAUCUUUUAAGGUUCUCAUCCUAUCAUUGUUGCUAGUUUGGUUCAUUAAUAUGUACUAGCUUCUCUUUGUCUCCCUUUUCUCUUUCAUAAUUUGU